CUCAUAGGAGCCCUACAGAGAACCUCACAAACCCGGACACCCACAACGUCCCCACAGAGAUCUGCAGACCCUACCCAGAGACUCUCACAGAGUCUCACAAAAAUCCCACAAAACCCCCUUAAAAGAAGUGAACUCUCUAGGUUUGUCCCCUCCGGGUCCAUUGCAGCCCCCUCGGGAGACCUUACUCACCGGGGCGGUGACCAGACUGCUGUUGCCAAGGAGACUGCUGGGCGUUCAGGUUGCCCUGGUGACGGAUCCCUCCACUCCUGGCCUGGGUUCCAGAGGCUUUAGUCAAGCUCCUCAUCAUCCCUCCCCCUCACACCUUUCCUCAGAUCUGGCCAGAGUUCCUUUGUGAAUUUCUGCAGGUGUCCAAGUCCCCUCCCUAAGUCGUAGACUUGCAAGCAAGGCCUCUCACCACACAGCGCCUGCAGCCAGGGGUCAUCCACGGUUAAGAGCUUUCUCACCCUCGGGACCAACACUGCCCCUUCCGGCUUUAGACAAGACCCUACCUAAGGACUUGUAACAGCCAAGACAAAGCCCAGAGAUGGAAGCAGACAAGGUCACAGAAGAGCCUCAUACCACCAUGGAUGCAGAAGAGCACCUUUCUUCAGAGGACUCCUCCGCUGAGGACUCACAGGAGCGUCCUAUCCCUGAAGAGCCUCCCAUCUCUGAAACCCCUUUAGAGCCCUUUGACUCUGAAUCUCAUAUGGCGCCAUCUACUUCCCAGGUCCCGUUAGAGACCCACACCUCUGAAACCCCUUUGGAGCCUUCCAUGUCUGAGAUUCCUUUAAAGACCGAUAACUCUGAAACCCCUUUAAAGCCUUCCAUCCCAGAAACCCCUUUAGGACACUCUACCUCUGAGGUCUCUCUGGAGACCCCUAACCCUGAGAUCCUGUUGGGGACUCACACCUCUGACAUCGAAGAGAAACACCUUACUUUUCAUACCUCAUUACUAAGCCAGGUCUCUGCAUCUUUCUCUGAUGAUCCGAAGGAAGAGCCCUUUGAGUCUUCCUUGGACUCUAUCCAGACCACUGACUCUGAGAGCCUUCAAAAGCACUCCCUUUCAGGCCCUCCAGCCUCGCUCCACCUGGACACACCUGCAAAAGAGGGGGAAGAGGAAGAAGAGGGCGAGAAAGGGGUGGAUGCCACAGACAGCACCACUCAUACAGCUCAGCCUGAACAGAAGCCAGGCAAGAAGAAGGGGAAGAAAGGAAUCAGCUGUAAUUGCCCCAGCCCUUCCCCCUUUCUCAGCACUGUCUUUGACCUGCCCCAGCAGGAGGGGAUUGGGUUACUCUUUGACUGGGCCCCUUCUCUCAAUUUUCGAGCCUCCUCACCUCCCCUUAGUUACUCAGCCCCUCCCUCCCUAGGUUACACAGUCCACCCAAUGAUCCCUGCUAAGCAGACAAACCUGGUGAAAGUGGCUAAGGCACUGCACAGAGAGAAGUCUGGUGCUCAGGUGGAUUAUCUUUUCCAAUGGGAGAAGGAUGCAGCUCUGAAUGCCAUCCAGACAGGUCUCUACAUUGGCUGGCGCUGCCCCCAUUAUCUAUGGGACUGUUUCCAGAUUGGGGAUGAGUCCAAGUGCUUUUGCGGACACUUGUUGAGAGAGCAUCAUAUUAUCUCAGACAUAUCUGUGCCCUGCAACGUGGGCCAGUGCCGCUGCCUCAUGUUCUGCUUUAUCCCAUCACGCCCAGAGGAGGUGGGUGAGUUCUGGCUCAAGAGACGGACCACCUUUGACCCCAGGGCUUGGAGGGCCCAAUGUCGCUGCAAACACAGCCAUGACGACCACACAGCUGCCGGGUCACAUUCCUGCAGGGUCAAAGGCUGUUCCUGCAGCUGCUUUGAGUCUAAUUUUCUCUGUGCUGCCUGUGACCGGCGCUGGGAGGAACAUGAGACUUUCUUUGAAACUGAGGAGACCCGGCGACGCGGAGGGAGGCCUCACGGAGCAGACUAUAUGCCUUUUGCAGAGAUGCCUACUGUCCAAGAAGCCAUCGUCAACAACUCUGACUUCGAGAUCCUCCAGAAGGAGGGGCCCUCUGGCCCUCCCAGCCCCCACCCUAGUCCCCCUGGGCUCCCUAGCCCACGCAGCCUCCAGCCUGGUCCUAUGUCUAACCUGCGUCCCUGACC